AUGCCUCGAUCAGUAAUUCUCAAUACUUCUAUGGCGAAGCGUGGAUAUUAUAAUAAUACCAUAUUUCAUAGAAUAAUUGAAGAUUUCAUGAUUCAAGGAGGAGAUCCAACUGGAACUGGACGAGGAGGAAGUUCAAUUUAUGGUCGUACAUUUGAAGAUGAAAUACAUCCAGAUUUAAAACAUACGGGAGCUGGAAUUAUUAGUAUGGCUAAUGCUGGACCAGAUUCAAAUGGAAGUCAAUUUUUCAUAACAUUAGCGCCCACUCCUCAUUUAGAUGGUAAACAUGCGAUAUUUGGGAGGGUAAGUGAUGGUAUCGAGAUAGUUAAACGUAUAGGUAAAGUUACCGUUGAUCGAGAUGAUAGCUAUUGA